AUGGUUGUCUGCACAUAUUUCCAGCAGGGCCGCUGCAAGUUCGGCGACCGCUGCAAAUUCGAGCAUCCAGGUCGUCAGACGACCGGUUCCUCGGGAAAUCGGUUCGGGGCAUUGUCUACACCAUUUGCAGGGCGAGGAACACCGCAGAACCAGCAAGCGACGGAUUACGGCGUCAACGCGAAUGAUAUCAAACUCGACUUGACCGCAGGCAAGGGACGGCCUGAAUGGGUCCUUUCUUCUUACUCUCCGCAACGCCAUGUCCCGCGACAACUCUUCGGUGGACUACCCCGCGAGCAGAGCAUGGAAGAGAUGCGUUUGCGUCACUACGAGCUCGCGGCGGCUGGAAACAUGAACCAAGCGAUCCAGGAGGCCCAGGCCCUUUAUGAAGAAGCUACCAAGCAAAUGGAUGUGGCUUUGAAUGACCUCACCGGUGCUGUGAAGUACAUUAUCGACGGCGGGAACGAACAUCCCAAUCGCAUUGACAUCACUGAGGGCAAAACAGGCCCGGAUUCGACUUCAGCACCUUCAGCUCCAGCACCUUCAGCAUUUGGUCAAGCUUCUUCUGCGUUUGGUCAGCCCUCUAACUUGGGAGCCGCUUCGACCUGGGGAAAGCCUACACCUGCGCAGCCCUCGCAGCCCGCACAGCCCGGACAGUCUUCAACAUUCGGCCAACCAUCCUCAAUGGGACAACAAACUGGCUUUGGCCAGCCGUCUACUUUCGGUCAGCCAAGUGGCUUGAACCAGGCAUCUGCCUUUGGGCAGCCCUCGAACCUCGGAGGCCAAGGCGGCGCAUUCGGCCAGCCAGCGUUCGGCCAGCCAGCCUUUGGCCAGCCGUCAGCGCCGGGCCCGACUCCUUUCGGCGGUGCACCUUCCGCUGCCUCACCUUUCAACCAAGUUACUCAGAACCAACCAGCACCCGGUGGCUUCAGCCAACCGGCAGGCCAGCCUGCGCCAUCGCCAUUUGGACAGACUGCUGCACCCUCAGCAUUUGGCCAGCCCUCCGCUCCUGGCGGAUUCGGACAGACCUCGCAGGCCGCUUCACCUUUCACCCAGAUUCAGCAACCGCAACAACAACCCCCCAACCCGUUCGGCCAACCAUCCGGCACCACAGGCUUUGGCGCGCCGACCCAACAGCCUGCAGCUCCAGCACCCUUCGGCCAGCCCGCCGCUCCACAGGCCAGCAAAACCCCCCUCCCGCACCUUGAAGGCGAGACUCUGCGAGACCCAGCCACCAACCGCCUUACGAUGUGGAAGGGCCGUCCCGUGCAAUACAUCCAAGAUCACCCAUGCUACCUGCAUCCGCAAGGCAACAAUCAUUGGACCCGGAUCAACUUCCCUGACGGACCGCCCGACGAAGCGAGCUUGCGUGACUCGCAGGGCCGCCCCGAGGACUAUACGCCGGAAGUUGUGGCGCAGUAUGAAUUCUUCCUUGCCAAUGGUCACUUCAAGGAUGGGAUUAUCCCGACUGUGCCGCCGAAGCGGGAAUGGAUCAGCUUUGACUUCUAA